CCUCCCACCCCAGCCCUAGCCUCUCACUUCCGGGACCCUUCAAUCUCGGGCAGCCCAGCGGUUGCUAGGAGACGGUGAGCCGUUGCUUCGGCGCGGGCUGGUGACGUCACCGCCGCUUCCGGUUCCUAGCGCGCGGCGCCGGCUGGAGCCAGCAUGAUCCACUGGGUCGCUAGCCCAUUGCCUGGAAGAGCCCACUCGCCCUGGACCAGCCCUUCGGCAGCCAAAGACCGCCCUUGAGGAUGACUGAGACAUUAUGGGCCACGCACUGUGUGUCUGCUCUCGGGGAACUGUCAUCAUUGACAAUAAGCGUUACCUCUUCAUCCAGAAAUUGGGGGAGGGUGGGUUCAGCUAUGUGGACCUAGUGGAAGGGUUACAUGAUGGACACUUCUACGCCCUGAAGCGAAUCCUGUGUCAUGAGCAGCAAGACCGGGAGGAGGCCCAGCGAGAAGCAGACAUGCAUCGCCUCUUCCAUCACCCCAACAUCCUCCGCCUUGUGGCUUACUGUCUGAGAGAGCGGGGUGCUAAGCAUGAAGCCUGGUUGCUGCUACCGUUCUUCAAGAGAGGUACACUGUGGAAUGAGAUAGAGAGGCUGAAGGACCAAGGCAAUUUCCUGACUGAGGACCAAAUCCUUCGGCUGCUACUGGGUAUCUGCCGAGGCCUGGAGGCCAUUCAUGCCAAAGGCUAUGCACACAGGGACCUGAAGCCCACCAAUAUUUUGCUUAGUGAUGAGGGGCAGCCAGUUUUAAUGGAUCUGGGUUCCAUGAAUCAAGCAUGCAUCCAGGUAGAGAGCUCACGCCAGGCCCUAGCUCUGCAGGACUGGGCAGCCCAGCGGUGCACCAUCUCCUACCGGGCACCUGAGCUCUUUUCUGUGCAGAGCCACUGUGUCAUCGACGAACGGACUGAUGUCUGGUCCCUAGGCUGUGUGCUUUAUGCCAUGAUGUUUGGAGAAGGCCCUUAUGACAUGGUGUUCCAGAAGGGUGACAGUGUGGCCCUUGCCGUGCAGAAUAAACUCUGCAUCCCACAGAGCCCCAGGCAUUCAUCAGCAAUGCUGCAGCUGCUGGACUCUAUGAUGACUGUGGAACCCCAACAGCGCCCUCACAUUCCUCCUCUACUCAGUCAGUUGGAGGCAAUGCAGCCGCCAGCUCUUGGCCAGCACACCACCCAAAUCUGAACAAACCAAUGGGCAUAUUGAGAAGAUGGCCCCGUGUGCCUUACAAAGAGGCUCCCAUCCUUCAUAGAACUCCAUCUAUUUUACCUGGGACUGCUUACAACAAGGCCGAGGCCCAUCACCUCAGUCCUGUGUCCGCUUUUCUGCUCUCUUGCCCCAGUACCUGGGCAAGGGGCCUAACUAAGGGUGGGUAAGGGAGUGAAACUGAGAAAAAUACUACAUGGCUCUAAGCUGGACUGUUGGGCUCACAUCAUAUUCUGCCUCUAAUCUGGAAAGAGGAGAAUGUAUAAACAGAAUAAAAUGAAAACAGGCUGGUC